AUGGGAGACGAUCCGGGGAGGCUUUACCGUCUGGAUGGAGUUGCUCAUAUCGCCGGGGUGAUCAACGACGAGUGGGUUAUGUUAGUGCUAGCGGUUUAUGAUAGUGGUAUAGGCAAACGGUUUUUGUCAGUGGUUUUUGUCACCGGUUUUUGUCACUGGUUUUUGUCACCGGUUUUUGUUUUACCCGUUUUUGAGCCUCAGCGUUGCAUAUCCAGCGUUAGGCGGCAGCAGGGGAUGCGGCUUGAUGAGAGGUACGUUUCGUAUCUUCAGAUGGCCGGCUUGUACCAUCUAGCGAGGUUGAACGACAGAUGGUUCCGACUAGACGAGCCUUUAGUCAGUGCAUUCAUCGAGAGAUGGCGUCCAGAGACGCAUACCUUCCACAUGUCGUUUGGAGAGUGCACCAUCACCCUUCAGGACGUCGCAUACCAGCUGGGGUUGCCGGUGGAUGGUCAUUACGUUAGUGGUUGCCUGACAGACUUCCACCUAUACAUUGAGGGUGGUAGGCCAGCUUGGACGUGGUUCCAUGAGUUGCUUGGUGUCCUGCCUCCUGAAAACCAAGUUCAAAAAUUCGCAGUCAAUUGUACAUGGUUUCAGGAGACAUUUGGAGAGUGUCCCGCAGGGGCCGACGAGGAGACACUGUUUGCCGACAAGUCCGGCAAUCGUAUACACAUCAGAUGGCUACCCUUUGUUGCUAGACUCGAGGAGAUGGGUGGCUACAGUUGGGGGUCGGCGGCGCUCGCAUGGUUGUACCGAUGCAUGUGCAGAGUCGCCAACAGACAUGUUGUGAAGCUAGCUGGGCCGCUACAGUUACUGCAGUCUUGGAUCUUUUGGAGGUUUCCUUCCUUUAGGCCCUCUGGGUGUGAUGCGUUUAGCUGGCCCCUUGCCUCGAGGUGGUCUGGUUACAAUCCUGGGAUUAGCAACAAGGGGCCUAGGGUUCAGAUGGCUCGCCUGAAGCUCGACCUGUUACAGCCUCGGGAUUUCAUAUGGAUGCCCUAUAGCGCACUCGACGUCAUCCAGGUUGUCCAUCCGGAGGUAUUGGAGCCUCGGCAUACGAUGUUAUGGCGGUGUAUGACAUCCUUGAUAUAUUUUGCGGUUGUUGAGUGGCAUCAGGUUGAUAGAGUGCUACCGCAGUUUGGCGGCGUACAGCCCCAACCGCGCCCCACCCUGAACAUAGACUUCUUGAUGUCGAAGGACGGGAGAGGAGGUGACCGUUGGUUCCCGGCGCAGCUAGCUAAUUGGCAUCUUCACUGGCAGGAGCGUGCGGAUCACAUUUUACAGUUCGACGUUGUGGCCGACCCCGGCCCCUCGCAUGAGUUCUUGACAUGGUGGCAUCAGCAUGGAAAGAGAUUCCUGUCGCCAGAGAUGUACUUGGGUGAUCCACGAGGUCUUCCUAUUCCGGGUGAGGCGACUCAGAGGGGUCCAGGCCGAGUUCCUGAGAUGGACCUAGUCCACGAUGUUCCUGACAGACGUCGUGUUGAGAGGCGAGCUCGAGUCGGCACACGUCGUAGCCAGCGAGAGCAUGCCUGGCUCGAUGAUGCCAUGGAUGAGGUUGAGGACGCAGGUAGGGGUCGAGGGAGACGACGUGGUGGUGGACGUAGGAGGAGGGGGGUUGAUGCUAGAGAUGAUAUCCACCACCCUGUGAGAGAUGCAGCUGGACGAGGUGAGGGUGUCGGGGUUGACAGGCCCCAGCAGGGGGGGGCAUGA